CUCGACUCACUGCGCCCCCAUUGACUCCUUGCCCGAAGCCGUCAGCGUUGGAGCACUAUGCCACCCGUAUCGCGCAAGCUCACCACGCACCUCGUCACCCUUCGGGAGGACCUAUACAAUGUGGCGACGCGCACGCACCCCUUCCUUGAAGCCGCGAGAUCCGGACAGCUCCCGCCGUCGACGUUGGGAUACUGGCUAUCGCAGGACAAGAUCUACGCAUCGCAAGCGUACCCAAAAUUCAUUGGCCACAUAAUAGCGGCGAUCCCGUACGAAGACGCGGAGAGGGAGGCGAUCAAUAAGCGCGUUCUGUCGAUAUUGCUGUACUCCUUGCAGAAUGUCGUUCGGGAGGUUGGAUUCUUCGGCGACACAGCGAAGCAGUAUAGCUUGAACAUCGAAGGAUGGAAGGAGCGGAAGGGAACCAGGGACUACACCGCGGAGAUGGCACGGCUCGCUACUGCGUCACUAGAGGAAAACAUGGUGUUCUUGUGGGCAAUGGAGAAGGCCUACCUGGACGUAUGGACGAAUGUGAAGAAGGGCCUAAAGGCGUCGAACAUAACGGGCCAGCCGAUAAACGACCUAUCGGAGAACUGGACCUGCAACGAGUUCAUCAACUUUGUUGAGGACUUGCGCGACAUCGUGGACGACCUGGGCAUUCAGCCGGAUUCUCCAAAAUGGAAGAGAGCAGAAGAGGUUUGGGAGCGUACCAUUGAGUUGGAAGCAGCUUUCUGGCCUGACUUGGAAGAGGAAAAGACGGCAAGGGCAUAAUUGGUACCAUUGUAGAAGGGCAGGUUAUGCGAAAGUCGACGUAGAUAUGAGAUCAUGUCGAGACGGUCGCGUUAAGCCGCUUGCUACCCUCAGCAUUCACGGGGCCGACCCAAAAGUAGCUCCAGA